AUGGCUUCUGCUGCCACAUUUCCCUUAGCGACACAAGUUCUAUGCUUGAGUCUUUGUUUUCUUAGCUUAGGUUGCUCUGCCUUCACUGUUGAAGAUUACUCGGAUGCUCUUGACAAGUCCAUUCUCUUCUUCGAGGGCCAGAGGUCCGGCAAGUUGCCAUCCAACCAGCGGCUCAAUUGGAGGGGCAAUUCUGGCUUGUCUGAUGGCUCCUCUUAUCAUGUGGACUUAGUAGGCGGCUACUAUGAUGCCGGAGACAAUGUCAAGUUUGGGCUACCAAUGGCCUUCACUACUACACUGUUAGCAUGGAGUGUUAUCGAGUUUGGUAGCUCUAUGCCUAAUCAGAUUGACAAUGCAAAGGCUGCGAUACGUUGGAGCACAGACUAUCUGCUCAAGGCAGCCACCACAACCCCGGGAACCUUAUAUGUCCAAGUGGCAGAUCCAAACAUGGACCAUCACUGCUGGGAGAGGCCAGAAGAUAUGGAUACACCGCGCAAUGUUUACAAGGUGUCCACUCAAAAUCCAGGGUCUGAUGUAGCAGCAGAAACUGCUGCUGCACUGGCUGCAGCUUCCAUAGUCUUCAAAGACUCUGACCCUUCUUACUCUGGAAAAUUGCUUCACACAGCAAUGAAAGUGUUUGAUUUUGCAGACAAGUACAGAGGUUCUUACAGUGACUCCCUCGGCUCUGUGGUCUGUCCUUUUUACUGCUCAUAUUCUGGAUACCAAGAUGAACUUCUUUGGGGCGCAUCAUGGAUUCACAGAGCCUCGGAGAACAGUUCAUACUUGUCAUACAUUAAGUCCAAUGGCCAUACAUUGGGUGCUGAUGAUGAUGACUACUCCUUCAGUUGGGAUGACAAGCGAGCUGGAACAAAAGUCCUCCUUUCCAAGAGUUUUCUAGAGACAAACACUGAAGAAUUUCAGAUAUACAAAGCACACUCAGACAACUACAUAUGCUCUCUAAUUCCAGGAUCAUCUAGUUUUCAGGCUCAAUAUACCCCUGGUGGACUUCUGUACAAGGCAAGUGAGAGCAAUCUCCAGUAUGUUACUUCCACAACACUCCUCCUCCUUACAUAUGCAAAGUACCUCAGUUCAAACAGCUUAGCAGUCACAUGUGGAUCCCUAGCCGUCACAGGCAAAACCCUAAUCGCGCAGGCAAAGAAGCAAGUGGACUACAUUCUUGGUGACAAUCCUGCAAAGAUGUCAUACAUGGUGGGAUUUGGGAAGAAGUAUCCACAGCAUGUACACCACAGGGGUUCUUCUGUGCCAUCUGUACACAAUCACCCUAACCCCAUUCCCUGCAACGAUGGAUUUCAGUACUUCCACUCUGGUUCCCCAAAUCCAAAUGUGCUCGUCGGAGCCAUAGUUGGCGGACCUGAUAACAAAGACAACUUUGCCGAUGACCGGAACAACUACCAGCAAUCCGAGCCUGCUACUUACAUCAACGCACCAUUUGUUGGGGCUCUUGCUUUCUUCUCUGCCAACACCAACCCAUAG